AUCCGGGACCUUUGUUUGUAAAUGUGUGUGGCAGAGAGGGCAAGCCGCCAUUUUGGACAGCCCCAAAUUGUAAAUUUUCCAAAUAUUGGACAUCUUCACUGCGUGUUUUCAUGCCGAAUCUGGGCCGAGGAGCUCCACUAAACCCCCGGCGGCUGUAAACAGACCUACUCGGCGUCUUGCGUGGGCCGGAGACCGUGGGAAUCGCAGGAUUUUUGCGGGGAAGCGCGAUCGCAAGAGCGGACCCGAUCCGUGCCCGGGGAAAAUCUGUGUUGUUGAUUUGCGCAUCGCCAUCAUGACUUGUGUCCGCGUUUGGCUCAGAGUCGGGCUGCUUCUGUACGCCGCAGGCUUGACCCUGUGCGCUGCGGUGGACACCAUGUGUGAGUUCUAUGAAGAGUGCAAUGAACAACAGGAGAACUGUAACACCACAGCCAGGUUUGUGACGUGUAAAGAUGAGCAGCAGCAGGAUGAAGGGAAGAGGAGUCACUGCUACGCGCUCUGGAAAAAUGAGUCCAACGUCAUAACCCUCGUCAAGAAGGGUUGCUGGUUGGAUGACAAUGACUGCUAUGACAAGUCCGAGUGUUAUGAGCACGAUGAAGAGCCAGAGAACGGGAUGUUCUAUUGUUGCUGCGAGGGGAAUCUCUGUAACCAGCACUUUGACCACAUCCCCAUCCCACAGCCGGAUAGGUCUACUGCAGAAACGCCGCGCACGAUUCCGAUAGACAACAAAACGGAGUUGUUCCGAUCGCUGAUGUACUCCCUGUUCCCGAUCUGUGGUAUCGCUCUGGUGGUGGCUGUCACGUUCUACAUGUACAAACGCCACAAGUCUGAACACAUACAGUGUUUUACUCGGCACAAGACUGAGCAUGUGCAGAUCCCCACCCAGGACCCCCUGCCGCCGCCCCCCUCCCCCCUGCUGGGUCUACGCCCCCUGCAGCUACUGGAGGUGAAAGCCCGCGGGCGGUUCGGUGCUGUGUGGAAGGCACAGCUACUCAGCGAAUAUGUCGCUGUCAAGAUAUUCCCACUACAGGACAAGGCGUCGUGGCUGAAUGAGCAGGAUAUCUUCACCACCCAGCUGAUGAAACAUGAGAACCUGCUACAGUUCAUCGCGGUGGAGAAACGCGGAGACGGGCUGGAGAUGGAACUCUGGCUCAUCACCGCUUUCCACGAGCGCGGAUCCCUCACCGACUAUCUCAAGGGCCACCUGCUGAAAUGGAGUGAGAUGUGUCACAUUGCGGAGACCAUGGCCCGAGGUCUGGCCUAUCUUCACGAUGACGUGAUGGGCAGAAACGGAGAGUACAAACCUGCCAUUGCACAUAGGGACUUCAAGAGUAAAAAUGUGCUACUGAAACAGGACCUGACGGUGGUAGUGGCUGACUUCGGGCUGGCCAUGAAGUUUGACCCUGGCAGAAGUUGUGGGGACACGCAUGGCCAGGUUGGUACGAGGAGGUACAUGGCUCCUGAGGUCCUAGAGGGAGCGAUCAACUUCAACAGGGACGCGUUCCUCAGGAUCGACAUGUACGCCUUCGGGCUGGUGCUCUGGGAAAUCGUCUCUCGAUGCUCCGCCGUAGACGGCCCAGUGGAUGAGUACCAGUUGCCAUUUGAGGAGGAGAUCGGGCAGCAUCCCACCCUGGAGGACAUGCAGGAGGUCGUAGUUCACAAGAAGAUGCGGCCUCAGUUCAGGGAGACCUGGCUCAAACAUCAGGGGCUGGAGAUCCUGUGUGAGACGAUUGAGGAGUGUUGGGACCACGAUGCGGAGGCCCGUCUGUCCGCCGGCUGUGUGGAGGAGAGGCUGGUGCAGCUGAGCAGAACAGUCAACGUCACUACCUCAAACCCCGUCGUGGACAUCACCGCUAACCAGCAGACACCCCCCAAGGAGUCCAGCCUAUGAGAACACGCAUCUCAAGACACCGCGGAAGGAGAUAGAGGGGUGACGGGGGUGGGGGGCGAUACGACACGAAAAACUGACACAACUACAGAGACUGCCGCAAAAAAAGGGUGUAUAUAGAACGUUGGCGGCGGUUUUCUCUGUACAAAAAACUUCCUUCAGGUAGCAUGGAAAUUAUACGACAACGUACGAACGAACGAUCACACUUAAGAAAUCUCUCUCUCUCUUUCUCUCUCUUCUCUCUCGUUCUCUCACUACACUCACACACACAUACACCUCAGCCAGGGAUUGGCCUCUGACCUCCGACCUUUAACCCAGCCAGGGACUCACCUCUGACCUGGCCAGGACUUCACCCCUGACCUUUGUGAACCAGGAAAUACCUCAGCUCCACGCCUUGUCUCUGAUUGGUUAAUAUCGGUGACAUGGCGAGAAUUUACGGUCAGAAGGAUUCAGACAGCCCGGGCGAUAAGACCAGGGAAAAUAAAUAAAUAAAUAAAUAAUACUAAUAAAUAAUAAUUCAAUGUAAAUAUUUAUGUCGCCUUCCGCUAGGGGAAGGGGGGGUUAACGAUAUAACGUGUCAUGAUGACGUCUGCGCCUGUACAUGGCUGAAAACAUCUUCAGUGUACAUUCUUCAGAUUCUCUCGCUUGUAGAUCAGCCUAAAAUUAACGUCGUUUGCGUGGAGUUAACGACUCUGUAGAGUGACAGACAACGGGGUUCGAAAUACUUUUUUUUCAGGUUGCCCAGUGCCUGUGGGCAACUCACUGUAAGUGGGCAACCUAAGCCAAAACCUAGGCUGUCCAGAAAUAUGUCAGGUUGUCCGGUAGUUUCAGGUUGCCCAGUGCCUGUGGGCAACUUACUGUAAGUGGGCAACCUAAGCCAAAAACUAGGCUGCACAUCAACAUUUCAGGUUGUCCUGUAGUUUCAGGUUGCCUACUGGGAAACCUGAUCCAAAAGCUAGGUUGUCCACUUUGAUUAUUCAGUUUGUUGUCAACACUGGCUGUUUAUUUUCAAGCAGUAAGCCAGGCUACCUGUGAAGGCAUCGCUCACAUGCUGGCUGCGGCAGGACACAGCGACUGUGUUUUCAGUGAUAAACUUUAUUGAAAAUGUUGAUUUCUGCGCAAAAAAA